AUGAAAAAGAAUUUGGAAGAUGAUGAUGGAUUUUUGUCCAUUGUUGGAGCUGAUCACCGAAGUAAAAGAUCAGUCAACUGUGCUGCAAAAUUUCAAGUCAUUCCUAAUCAUUCUGCUUGUUUAUCAAGGGCAGCAGAAGUCUCAAAAUCAGGUGUGUCUGGACCAGAUAAAACAGCCAUCGUAGAUAAACACAAUGUGUAUCGUGCUGGAGUUAGCCCGACGGCUGUGGAAAUGGCAAAAAUGUACUGGGACGCUGAGAUAGCGAUGAUAGCCCAGAGGUAUGCUGAUGCUUGUAAAGGGCUGGUACACGAUGGGGGACGACAGCGCGGAAUUCCAGGUCGUUUUUCUCUGGGUCAAAAUUUAGCAGUAGCCGAUAUGGACUUGACAUGGGAAGCUGUGGUGAAACUCUGGUAUGACGAAGUUAAGAAUUUCAUACUGAAUGGAACCAAUUCUCUCACUGCUGUCGGACAUUAUACACAGGUUGUAUCCGCAAACUCAGUCCUGAUUGGCUGUGGCUUUGCACUCUGUGGGACAACUAGAAAUUAUGUAUGCAACUACGGACCAGCCGGAAACAUGGACUAUAACAAUCCAUAUAUAUCAGGUCCGUCUUGUAACAAUUGUGGAAACAAAUGCAGUGGGAACUUAUGCGACUGUAGUGGCAAAGUUUGUGAAAAUGGAGGAAUACUGGACUCCAACACUUGCACAUGCACGUGCAAAAUGGCGUCUAGUACUUACAUCGGAGACACCUGUCAGUUGAACUGUACGAAGCACACAGACAACCCUCUAGUAUGUGGGAAGCAGGUAUUUCCUCGUCACUGUGACUUAUUUACAAACGUACCGGAAGAUUGUCCUACCAUGUGCAAUGUGUGUCCUUGUGCUGGCAUUGAAAAUAAUGGAACCACAACCUGUUUGGGAACUCAAAGUUCUCAAUCUAGAGCAGAAUCAGGAGCAGUGAUUUUAUUUUUAACUAUAAAAAUCUUUCUUAUCGCCUGUUGA